AGGGCAGAGUUCUGAAUGACGAAACCAAAGCAUAAUCACCCUGUAAAAAACCAGUAGGAAUAAAAACACACAAGGAGUUUUACAAGUAAAGGAUUGUUGUCACUCCAAAAGCAUUCCUGCCUUCUGAGUGGGUGGCGAGACUGUGUAACUAUGAUCGUUAAUACACAAAUAGAUCCUAUCAGUUUCCAAGGAAAUGAGAUAGCUCUUAAGCAAAGGUUGGGAGCAUUUAGAGAACUCUAAAUUACGGAGCCACGAUUUGCAUAUUCCCUUUUACCUCUCAGGUAACUUGGUUCCUUCCCUCCCCACCCCCCAUUCAGUGAUGUGUGUUUAACAAUAUCCCAUUUCGGGUGGGGGAAACAAUUUUACUAGCAAGGGCACUUCCACUGCCCUAUGUUCCUUAGGGGUGCAAAGGGGGGGCAGUUUUGUAACCUAGCAUGUCUUUAAAGUGAAAAAUUCAACAUAUUCUGAGCAUGUCUUCUCCUGUGCAGGGUAAAGUGAUAGUUAAUCUUCAUAAUUAAGACUUGUUCUGUUGUUGAUCUGCAAGAUCUGGGGGGAAGUUCUACCACGGAGAGAUUUCUAAAAUCCAGCCUGCGGCGGGGUUGGGGGUAUUAUGAGGAAUAUUCCCCACACGUUCCUUCACCCCUUUUACAAAAACCGGUAGGAUUUUAUUCUUUUAUUUUUCCUUACACAUAUGUCUUUUUCGGCCGGGGGUGGGGGGAAGAAAAGGGGGUCGGUUGAUCCUUCUCGCCAUCCUGACCCCUUUGCUCCUAGUUCUGAGAUCACACAAACAACAACAAACAACAACAACAAUGCGCACACACACACACACAUACACACACAAAUUGGAUACAUUUUGAAAAAGCUUUUGGUUCCUUAUCCGGGGACUAGGCUGGCUGGUGUGAUUGGACAAGGGAGUCACAUGGUGAAAGUAACUUUACGGGGUCGCCAGCUUGUAGGAGGGCUUUAUGGAGCAGAAAAACGACAAAGCGAGAAAAAUUAUUUUCCACUCCAGAAAUUAAUGAUCAUGAGCUCCUAUUUGAUGGACUCUAACUACAUCGAUCCGAAAUUUCCUCCAUGCGAGGAAUAUUCGCAAAAUAAUUACAUCCCAGACCACAGUCCGGAAUAUUACAGCCGGACAAGGGAGUCCAGCUUUCAGCAUCAUCACCAAGAAUUGUACCCACCACCAAGACCAAACUACCCAGAGCGCCAAUACAGCUGUGCCAAUAUUCAAGCUCCCGGCAACCCAGCCGCGCACCAAAGGGGACAUGGGCAAACUCAAGGAGGCCACCACCUCUCAGAGAAACCGCAGCAGCUCUGUGAGCAGACUGCUCUUUCCAGUUCCUCCACCUCUCCUUCCCCAGCCCCUCCAGCCUGCAACCAGCCAAACCCUGAGCAUCUUAACAGCACAGCUUCUAAGCAACCUAUAGUCUAUCCAUGGAUGAAAAAAAUCCACGUCAGUACUGUGAAUCCCAAUUACAAUGGAGGCGAGCCCAAACGAUCCAGGACUGCGUAUACAAGACAGCAGGUCUUGGAGUUGGAAAAGGAGUUUCACUAUAACAGGUACCUGACAAGGCGAAGGCGCAUCGAAAUAGCCCACUCCUUGUGUCUCUCGGAAAGGCAGAUCAAAAUCUGGUUUCAGAACAGGCGGAUGAAAUGGAAAAAAGACCACAGGCUGCCCAAUACCAAAGUCAGAUCCUCGACUCCAUCUAAUUCAUCGGCGGGCACCAUUGCUGCUGGUAACGCUGCCCCCAGCGAGGAACUAUCACCGGGUACAUCUCAGGAUCAGCGAGCAGAGGAUAUCACAAGGUUAUAAACAAUAUCAAACACACACACACAAAAUUGACUCUGAUUAUUUAUAGAAUCUAAUAUAUAUAUAUAUUUUGGUUCUUUUCUUGUAGUUUUCCUGUGCGUAUAAAAAACAAUGAGGUCUUCUGUAAGACCAUAGGCUUUAGAUGCAUGUAACAUAGCAUGAAGCCAGGUGACCGAGUACCUGCAGGUUUUUUUACGCCAUUUCAGGGUUUUAUUUAUUUUUAAGGGGUAAGGAAGGGGGGGAGGGAGAGGUCAAUGUUCUGUUAGAUGAAUUUAAUGAACAAAUAAGAAUAAUCAAAAAGAAAGAGAAUGUAGGUAUUUUGCCCUCUGCAUUACAAAUGCACAAUGAUCUACCGAGAAUAAAAUGGAGCAUUGAAAUUCUUUUGUAUAAAUGUGAAAAAAGCUAAAAAAAAAAAAUCACGAUUCAAAAGAAAAAAAAUCACACAAACCAGAUUGAGCCAGUAAUUGGUUUAAAUUUUGAGAAGCGGGAAAAAAAGAAAAGGGAAGGAUAGUGACAUAUUAAAAAAAAAGAGCAAGGUUUAAACAAAGUCAGUAGCUAGUUUUUUUGUCGUGGUUAUUUGUGUUUUUGGACUGAUUUUACAUGAUCAUUGUAAACUUGCAAUAAAGAGUUUUAGUGUGUAUGUGAAAGUCCCAGUGUUCAAUAAACCAGUGAGUGUGAAUUAGUUUUA